AUGAAUGAUGAUGAUCCAUUUGAUACAAAAAAAUAUAAAUAUCCUUAUAUGGUUGCUUUUGUUCAAAAAAAUACAAUGAAAGCUGAUUGUGCUGGUGUUAUUAUUGGUAAUGAUGGAGAAAUUUUAAUUUCUGGAAUAUGUAAUGAAAAAAUGGUUACAAAUAAAGAAGAUUAUUUAGUAUAUAUUGGACAUGAAAGUUGGAAUAAUGUUCAGAAAGAAAUGGAUCAAAGAUUUAUAUUCAAAAUUAAUGAAUUUAUUUUUCAUCCAAAUACUAAAUCCGUUAAAGAUGUAGCAUACUAUGAUGUUGGUAUUGUAAAGAUUAAAUUGAAAAAUACAAUAAUACCAAUUACACGUGCAUUAUUAUUAUGGAAUGAUGAGAUUGAAGUAAAAAAUUUUAAACAAUGUCAAUUAAUUGGCUAUUGGAACAAUCAAAGAAUAUUAGUUAAAAUCAAUGUUUCUGUAAAAGAAAAAUUUGAUGAUUGUUCAGCACAACUUUCCGGAGGCAAUCAAAAUGAUUUUUAUUGUUUAGAAUAUAAUGUUGAUUGUACAAAUUGGUAUGGAAUAUUUAUUGGUGUUGUAAUGUGUACAAUAGAAAUCGAUUCAAAUGAAAUCAAUGUAACAAUAUCAACAGUUAGAUUUUCUAUUACACAUUGUAAUGAAAAAUCUACUGCUGUUUAUUUAAGUACUACGGAAAAAAUAUCUAUUUAUCAAGAAUGGAUUAAAACAAAUGUUAAAACAGUAUUAUUUUUUGAUCCAAAUGAAAAAAAUUUUUUCACAACAAAGAAUGAUCCAAAUUCUGGAGGAAAACAAAUAAUAACAACAACUAAAAAAACAAUUGCAAAUAAUGAUACUGGUUGGGAUAUUCAUCAUACAUUUGAUCAAUUAAAAAUAGAACAUAUAAAUUGGUUUCCUUGUAUUAUAUUUUUUAUACUUAUGUUUAUGGCCUUAUCAAUAUUUGCAUUGUUUGAAUGUGCAUAUAUUUAA